AUUUAAAGUACAUUCCCAUAUAGAAAGAAUGAAACUUUUCUAUCUCCCUGUGGUGUUUGUUGUGGUCUUUGGAAGCAGAGGUAAUGUUCCAAUUAGUGAUGCUGAUCUAAACGAGCAGCAUGGUGAUCCCCCUGCCUAUGCACGUAAUCGGUAUAAUUCUGGUUACUCAUCAAACAAUGGAAAUAAUUUCUACGCGUAUGAUGCACGUGUAAACCUCCAAAAUAGUGGACAAAGUUACUCUCCUUAUGGUGGGCACAGUUACUCAUCGUAUGGUGGACAAGGUAACGAACAGUAUGGUGGUGAAAGUAGCAUUGGUCAUAGAUUUGGACAUCUAGAAUGCCUCAGAAAAUGUAAAGCAUGGAGACAAAAUUAUUGGCAGAGGUUUUGCAAUAAACAUACCAUAAGGCUUUAUUGCCAUGAAAAUUAUUUUCUAAAAAUUCAAAAUGCACAAUAUGGAAACAUACCCUGUCAUCCAAGUAAUAAAAGAUUCAACGGUCACCCAUCGUGUCAAGCUAAUCGUGGUGAAGUUCUGAAAACAACUAGAGAAAGUUGUGACUAUAAAAAACAAUGUACAGCCAAGGUGGAUACUAGGCUGUUCGGAAAAACAUACAAAUUCCAUCACUCAUGCUCCUACCAUGUAACGUCAAUAUCAUUCUAUGCAGAAUAUGAAUGUAGACCUUCAAAAACAUUGUGCGCAGCAUUUUGUAAGUGCCGACAAGCACCUUCCAGAUCACCUAACGGAUAUGGUAGAAACACUGCUGCCUAUUGUAAAAAGAAGUACAAGAAUUACCUUCAUUGGUAGAACGCCAAGAUUUAAAUGACAAAACUAUGAAAUAAAAUUGUCACACUGUU